AUGCCUGAAGCCGUCGCGAUGCCCCAGAAGCGGGUUCUGGGUGAUGCAACGAAUAAUCCUCGCAGCGUACUGAACACCCCCGGCACAGUAAAGAAACGAAAGCUCGAUGCACAACCCUCCGCCACAGUUAAAUCAUUAUCGCAGAAUGGCCUGCGGAAAUCUUUCGGCUCAAGUCAGCCCCAGAAGAGCCAAUUCGAAGAGGAAGUUCUGGAAAAGUUGACCCAGGACAUCAACGGUCUGAAAGACAGCAACUCGGAAAAGGACCAGCAAUGGGAGCGGCCACCUUUGAGUGACUUCGACGAGACCAGAGAUAAUAUCUGCUUCCAGCAGAUUGAUGCAGAAGAGGGAACAAUUACCGGCGGAAAGACAGCUGUCAGACUUUUCGGUGUUACGGAGGCCGGGCAAUCAGUUUUGCUGCACGUCACCGGAUUUCAGCACUACCUCUAUAUCGCAGCGCCGGUGAACUUCACCAAGGAAGAUUGCGAUCCCUAUCGUGCCUUUCUCGAGAGCAAACUAGGACAGUUUCAGCCAGUCAUUCAGUCGGUUCAAAUAACAAUGAGAGAGAACAUCUAUGGAUUUCAAGGAAACCAGAAGAGUUAUUAUCUGAAGAUUACAGUCACGGAACCGAAGUUCAUCAGUAAGGUCCGAAGUGCGCUGGAGAACAAUCCGCAAGGCUUGAAUUACAAAGGCUUGUGGAGUAACGCUGAUGCCGGUAUUCUCACCUUCGACAAUAUCCAGUAUCUUCUGAGGUUCAUGAUUGACACGGACAUUGCUGGUAUGUCAUGGGUUGAGGCAAAGGCGGGGAAAUACCGCCUGCUCAGCCCUCGGGAGAAAUUGUCAAACUGUCAGAUUGAAGCCGUAAUCGAUUAUCGUGACCUGAUCUCUCACCCGCCCAAUGGUGAAUGGGCUAAAAUGGCGCCUCUUCGCAUCCUGUCCUUCGAUAUCGAGUGCGCCGGACGCAAAGGCAUCUUUCCAGAGCCGAAUCAUGACCCUGUCAUUCAGAUAGCAAACGUUGUCACCCGCUACGGAGAAUCGAAACCAUUCAUUCGGAAUGUUUUCGUUCUGGAUACGUGUAGUUUGAUUGUGAACACGCAGAUUUUGGAAUUCGACAAAGAGGAGAAAAUGCUGAUGGCUUGGCGCGACUUCCUUGAGAAGGUCGAUCCCGAUGUGAUCAUCGGAUAUAACAUCGCCAACUUCGAUUUUCCAUAUCUCUUGGACCGGGCAAAGCAUCUCAAAUGUACUGGAUUCCCAUAUUGGACCCGUCUCAAGGGCAUGGCGUCGCAGGCAACGUCGACAAACUUUUCCAGCAAGCAGAUGGGUAAUCGAGACACGAAGGCAACAAACACCAACGGAAGGAUUCAGCUCGACCUUCUCCAGUUGGUCCAAAGAGACUAUCAACUGCGAAGUUACACUCUGAACUCUGUUUCUUACGAGUUCCUUAAGGAACAGAAAGAGGAUGUCCACCAUACGAUGAUCACGGAAUUGUUCAAUGGAACCCCUGAUUCGAGGCGGCGAUUAGCCGUGUAUUGUUUGAAGGAUGCGUACUUGCCACAACGACUGAUGGACAAACUGAUGUGCUUGGUUAAUUACACUGAGAUGGCGAGAGUCACGGGUGUACCAUUCAACUUUCUCCUCUCUCGCGGCCAGCAAGUCAAGUUCCUGAGUCAACUGUUUCGCAAAGCCCUUGAGCAACAGCUUGUCAUCCCGAAUAUGAAGUCGACAGACGAACAAGACUACGAAGGUGCUACCGUUAUUGAACCAAGUCGCGGGUACUACGGUGUUCCGAUUGCGACUCUCGAUUUCGCAUCUCUAUAUCCCUCGAUCAUCCAAGCACAUAACCUAUGCUACACGACUCUACUAAACAAGAACAGCGUUGAGAAACUGAAGCUGAAGAAAGAUGAAGACUACAUUGUGACUCCGAACGGCGACAUGUUCUGCACAACAAAAGUGCGCAAAGGUCUCCUAUCGCAAAUUCUGGAAGAAUUGCUCGCUGCUCGGAAACGGGCGAAAAAAGAGCUGGCCGUUGAAACGGACCCCUUCAAGAAAGCAGUGUUGAACGGAAGACAGCUUGCUCUGAAGAUCAGCGCCAACAGUGUGUACGGUCUCACUGGUGCCACAGUCGGAAAGUUGCCCUGUCUUGCUAUUGCGAGUAGUACCACCAGUUACGGACGUCAAAUGAUUGAAAAGACCAAGCAGGAGGUAGAAGCCAGAUACACUAUCGCUAAUGGUUACUCCCAUGAUGCAAAGGUCAUUUACGGUGAUACCGACUCGGUGAUGGUCAAAUUUGGCGUGACUGAACUGGAAGAGGCCAUGAAACUCGGACAGGAGGCAGCAGAUUAUGUCUCUUCCAAGUUUCUCAAACCCAUUAAACUCGAGUUUGAGAAGGUUUACUUCCCCUAUCUUCUAAUCAAUAAGAAGAGAUACGCCGGGCUGUACUGGACCAACCCAAACAAGUUCGAUAAGAUGGAUACAAAGGGUAUUGAAACCGUCCGUAGAGAUAACUGCCUGUUGGUUCAGAAUGUCAUCGAGACGGUGCUGCACAAGAUUUUGAUUGACAGAGACAUCGAUGGCGCUCAGGAUUACGUCAAGGAAACCAUCUCAGAUCUUCUGCAGAACAAGAUUGAUAUGUCAAAGCUUGUGAUUACCAAAGCGCUCUCCAAAGCAGACUACACAGCCAAGCAGGCACACGUUGAGCUUGCGGAGCGGAUGCGAAAGCGUGACGCAGGCUCUGCGCCAACUCUCGGUGAUCGUGUGGCAUAUGUCAUUGUCAAGGGCGCUGGAGGCUCGAAGAAUUACGAGAAGUCUGAAGAUCCUAUAUACGUUCUGGAGAACAACAUUCCGAUCGACACAAAAUAUUACCUUGACAACCAACUGGCGAACCCUCUGGGUCGUAUUUUCGAACCCAUUCUUGGUGAGAAGAAGGCCAAUCAACUCUUGACUGGUGAACACACUCGGUCCAUUUCGGUCGCGGCGCCUACCUUGGGAGGUCUGAUGAAGUUUGCGAAGAAAACCCAAACCUGUAUGGGUUGCAAGAAGCCUCUUUCAGGGAAAGAAGAAAUGGCUGGCGCUGUUUGCGCACUUUGCCGCCCUAGAAUUGGCGAGCUUUACACAAAGACAUUGACCAAAGUAUCGGACCUCGAGGUCCGAUUCGGACGGCUCUGGACUCAAUGCCAACGUUGUCAGGGUAGCUUGCACUGCGAGGUAAUUUGCUCCUCUCGAGACUGUCCGAUCUUCUACAUGCGAAUGAAGGCAAAGAAGGAUGUCGAAGAUGCGGAGAAAGAACUUUCUCGGUUCGAUUUUGACCCUGGCGCAUGGUAG